UUCUUGGUUUGGGGCCACAGAAGAAUUAUUUUGGCGCCUCACCAAUUCUUUUGAAUCUUCACCCUCUCUUCAUUCUUCUCUUCACCCACUUGGCUUCGUUCUCGUCAAUUGAAUCUCUGAGGGGUCAUGUCUGCAACUGCAACCAUGGAGCAGCAACGCCACCAGAAAACGCCCCAACAACAGGACGAAGCCGAAGACAUUCAGCAUGGCCCUCUUCCCGUCGAGCAACUUCAGGCAUCGGGCAUAGCCGCCACAGACGUCAAGAAGCUUAAAGACGCGGGCAUUUGCACCGUUGAAUCCGUUGCUUACACUCCCAGGAAAGACCUUUUGCAAAUCAAGGGUAUCAGUGAAGCCAAAGUUGACAAGAUCAUCGAAGCAGCUUCUAAGCUUGUGCCUAUGGGGUUUACCAGUGCCAGUGAACUCCAUGCCCAGCGCGAUGCAAUCAUUCAGAUUACCACGGGAUCAAGAGAGCUUGACAAGAUAUUGGAGGGUGGAAUUGAGACUGGUUCUAUCACUGAGUUAUACGGUGAAUUUCGAUCCGGGAAGACUCAGCUGUGUCACACUCUGUGUGUCACUUGCCAAUUGCCGCUAGACCAAGGAGGUGGUGAGGGUAAAGCUAUGUACAUAGAUGCUGAGGGCACAUUUAGGCCUCAGCGACUCUUACAAAUAGCAGAUAGGUUUGGGCUGAAUGGUGCUGAUGUAUUGGAAAAUGUGGCUUAUGCUAGAGCAUAUAACACUGAUCAUCAAUCACGGCUUCUGCUUGAAGCUGCGUCAAUGAUGGUGGAAACAAGGUUUGCUGUAAUGAUAGUAGACAGUGCUACUGCCCUCUAUAGGACAGAUUUUUCUGGAAGGGGGGAGCUUUCAGCCCGGCAAAUGCAUCUAGCAAAGUUCCUGAGGAGCCUUCAGAAAUUAGCGGAUGAGUUUGGUGUUGCUAUCGUCAUAACAAACCAAGUAGUUUCACAAGUAGAUGGUUCUGCAGUCUUUGCUGGACCUCAAGUCAAGCCUAUUGGAGGGAACAUUAUGGCUCAUGCUACAACAACAAGGCUGGCUCUCAGGAAAGGCAGAGGGGAAGAGCGAAUCUGUAAAGUGAUAAGUUCUCCUUGUUUGGCUGAAGCUGAAGCAAGGUUUCAGAUUUGUGGCGAAGGAGUUUCAGAUGUUAAAGACUAGCCAAAUUUAGCCUGUGUAGAUCUUUUUUACUUUUUGCUCGUGUCUUUUUGUAAGGUACAGCAGUUGGACCCUAUUUGAAUAAACUUUUUAGUAAACACUUAUAGGAAAAGAAAAAUUUUUGGUUAAGGAAUUAAGAUUUUAUCAUUAGUUAAAACUAACUUAUGUAUAAGUUAAAAUUAGCUUUUGGAGAAAUUAUUUUAACUUUCACAUAAGUUAG